UCACUUGUUCACUUAGGACUCAAAAGUGAUGCAAAGUAUUGAGAUGAAUAAAUAUUCUUAGGAAGGUAUGAAGCUUGAGGAAGUAAAAAUUUGCCCUUGUUACAAGCAAAAAAUUUGUUUCAUUUGUGUAUUUUUUUUUCCUGUAGGCAAAAAGAUAUUUGGGUUCACUGCUGACACACUGAACAAAUCAUAUCAGCCUAGCGUGUUAUUAAAAAUCCUUAGUGGGUUAGGUCUUUAGAACACGGACACAGAUACGAAGAAUGAAUUGAACUGAGUAGUCAGAGAUACUAGAGGUAUUUACCUCUUUUAUUUAAAGGGAAAUGAGAGAAUCCUACUGGAGCGUUUUAGAAUUAAACUAGAAAAAAUGUAAGCUGUUUCCAUAGUACAAAAGUGUACUUUAAGGAGUUUGAACAGGGUCUCCCUUGCAGUCACUUUAACUUGCCUGAAGUCCUCUCAGACAGAUACUCAAACGCUGGAGUCCCUGCUUCUCUGCAGUGGAAAAAGGUCUUGAAUCUUUGAAUGUCAGAAAGGCUCAUCCUUCCUUUGUAUAUCUGGGGCGGGGGGCGGGACACUCCUCACGGUGCAGUCUUUAGAUCUGUUGGCUGAUGGUUGUGGGCACCUGACAGCUCUGUCUCAUUCAUGCUUCACUCACUCGGGAUGUAGGACUGUUGCCCUCAUGCUCCACGGCUGUUCCGCAGUCCCCCGGUAGCUCCACACCCUUCGCACCUUUCAGCUUUACAGGUAAGUCACUGUCUUUUCCUUCCCAUGUACAGCUCUAAGAUGGCAUUUGAGUAUUCUGGGGGAGAAAAGGGGUUGCUUGUUUUUCCUGUUUUUCUCCUGUGGCUAAUGAAUCAGGGCAGGGGCUCCAGCAGGGAACAGAGGAGUUUAACAGGUGGGAUGUAGCUCUCCUCCUGGGCUCAGCUCUGCACUCCUUGCACUUUUCCUUUACUCAGGACAAACUUUCACUCAGAGGUCAAGUGGAGUCAAGAAGAAGUCAAAAGAAGUUUUGCCUGGGAUUUAAGGAGGAGGCUGCAUAGCAGUAAAGUUAGAAAUCGGAAGCAAUGGGUGACUGGAGCUUUCUGGGGAGACUGUUAGAGAACGCGCAGGAGCACUCCACGGUUAUUGGCAAGGUUUGGCUGACAGUACUGUUUAUCUUCAGGAUCCUGGUGCUGGGGGCUGCUGCUGAGGAGGUCUGGGGAGACGAGCAGUCGGACUUUACAUGCAACACUCAGCAACCUGGUUGUGAAAAUGUUUGCUAUGACAAAGCCUUCCCCAUUUCUCACAUCCGCUUCUGGGUGCUGCAGAUCAUUUUUGUCUCCACUCCAACCCUCAUCUACCUGGGCCAUGUCCUGCACAUUGUACGCAUGGAGGAGAAGAGGAAAGAGAAAGAGGAGCUGAAAAAGAAGGGAAGCAGCAAAGAUGGCAACUACCCAGUAGCAGCAGCAUCUGGAGGUGGAGGAGGCAGCAAUAACGUCAAAGAUCAACCUAUUGUCAAAAGGGGGAAAGAGAAGCUCCCAAUCCGUGAUGAACGUGGUAGAAUCCGUAUGGGGGGUGCCUUGCUCCGUACUUACGUCUUCAAUAUCAUAUUCAAGACACUGUUCGAGGUGGGAUUCAUUGUGGGCCAGUACUUCCUAUAUGGCUUCGAGCUAAAGCCGGUCUACCAGUGCAGUCGCUCACCUUGUCCACACACCGUGGACUGCUUCAUCUCGAGGCCCACUGAGAAGACCAUCUUCAUCAUCUUCAUGUUGGUGGUGGCCUCAGUCUCCCUGCUGCUGAACAUGCUCGAGAUAUAUCACUUGGGGUGGAAGAAGCUUAAGCAGGGCAUGACAAGCCAGUACAUCCUAGAGAUGCCUGUUGCGACAAUGACGCCAGUUAUGGUAACAGGGGAGUCCAAACCUGUUUCCCUGCCGCCACCAGCACCCCCUGUGGUGGUCACGACUGCCACGCCGGCCCCUGUUCUGCCUGACACCCGCGCUGUCACACCGCUGCUGGCCCCAGUGACCAUGGCAUCCUACUACGCUACAGCUGCUCCGAGACCACGGCCCCCCUCCAACACGACGUCCAUGGCAAGCUACCCUGCUGCUCCACAAGUUGCUGAGGAGAGGCACCGUGCCGUGACUCCCACACCCAUCUCCACUCCCGUCACCAUCCCGACCCCCAUCCCCACGCCCACGCCAGCCGUCAUCAACUACUUCAACAGCAGCAGCCGUGCCCUGCCAUCCGAGCAGAACUGGGUCAACAUGGCAGCCGAGCACCAGGGCAAGGUUUCCUCCAGCUCAGAAGGCUCCUCUACCCCCAGCAGCGUCCGGCAUCCCCUUCCUGAGCAGGAAGAGCCACUGGAGCAGCUACUCCCACCCCCGGCUGCGCUGCCCGUGGCCGUGGCCAACAGCGGCAGCAGCACCAGCCUGAGCGGGGCGAGCGGCAGCAAGUGGGAUGUGGAGGGCGAGGUGGAGCUGUCGGGGGCACGGCCCGUCUCGGCUGCCUGCACCACGGUGGAGAUGCACGAGCCACCGCUGCUCGUAGACACGCGGCGCUUGAGCAGGGCCAGUAAGUCGAGCAGCUGCAGAGCCCGGUCAGACGACCUGGCCGUGUAA